AUGGCCGAUAAAGAACUCGUUGCCAAGGGUGAAAACUGGGCUCGUGCACAACGUGAAAGGCUUGAACAAGCAGCAAAUGAAAAGGCUACCCAACUUCGUCGUAUCUACAAUGAACACUUGGAGUGGUUCAAGACACACACUAUUGAAUCGCUGAUCGAGACGCGACGACCUGCUAAACGACACAAAGCAAACGACAACGCUGACCUCACAUCAACCGACCAAGUGAAGCUUGUACAAUCAUCGCGACACACCAUCGUUGACGAGAGCAGCAUGGAAGGCAACUCAAUGAGAAGCUUUAGUCGCCAAUCCUUGACCAGCCGAUCGUUUCAUUCACCCACAAGCUAUCGCUCGUUUUCAUUGACCAGCCCGACAGCGAAUCAAAGCAGCACCACUGGUACCAGCAGUAGGCAACGAAAGAGUCUAAGAUCACCUACUCGCAUUCAUCACGAUGCAUCACGUGCUUCCAGAUCACAUUCAGUUGAUACCAAUCCAAAAAAGCAACCACGUUCUUCAUCGAUUUCCAACAAAGGAAAGCAGGACACUCAAAGACGAUCGAUAUCCAAGGAAACUCAAGUCGAAGCAACAACAACGAAUGAGUCUUCCUUAGCAACCACAAACGAGUCUUCCGCAGCACCAGCAACAACAACGAAUGAAUCUACCUUAGCAACAACAAAAGAAGCUUCCGCAGCAGCAGCAGAAAAUGAGUCUUCCAUGGCAACGGCAACAACCAAUGAACCCUCCCUAGCAACAAAAACAAACGAAUCCUCUUCCUCCUCCCUAGCAGCAGCAACAACAGCAGCAAAUGAACCUUCUUCUUCAACAGGCACAAAGACGACCACAUCAAAAAAGCUAUCCACAACUUCAACAGACAAAAAGACGACCACGUCAAACAAAGCUACUCGAAAAGAGCCAUCUAAUGCUGAUAAUACUGAAAUGCCCUCACAACAAAAUGAGCAAUCAAGCGAUAAAACGGGUGCCGAGAACAAUGAAGCAUCAUCAUCACAUGUGGAUCCUGAUUUUCAGUUGAAUGAAACCCCAGCAUGGGCCGAAAUGCCUGAAUUGGAGCGCCAUUUACGUCAACAAUGUAACAUGGAUGGACACAAAAUAUUUGGACGCAUGACGCCAUUGGUAACAUCAGAGGUGUUUGGCACCCUCAGACAACGUCAAGCAAGAAAAUAG